GCCCCACGUGUGUCUCCUCGCCGAGAAGCCCGACACGUUUAAAGCUCCGCACCUUUACCGAGCUGAACACUUCAAACCGUAAACAUGGGCAAGAAAUUAAAGGUCGGGAAGACCAGAAAGGACAAGUUUUAUCAUUUGGCAAAGGAAACGGGCUAUAGAUCCCGUUCAUCUUUUAAGCUCAUUCAGCUGAAUCGUAAAUUCCAGUUUCUUCAGAAAGCCCGGGCUCUGGUGGACCUUUGCGCUGCUCCAGGUGGAUGGUUGCAAGUGGCGUCCAAGUUUAUGCCUGUGUCCAGUCUCAUCAUUGGAGUGGAUCUGGUCCCCAUCAAACCCAUCCCCAAUGUAGUCACCCUGCAGGAGGACAUCACAACUGAAAAGUGCAGACAGGCUCUCAGAAAAGAGCUGCAGACGUGGAAAGUUGAUGUGGUGCUUAAUGAUGGAGCGCCCAACGUGGGAGCCAACUGGCAGCACGAUGCCUUCUCUCAAGCUCAUCUCACCCUCAUGGCGCUCAAGCUCGCCUGUGAGUUUCUUGGAAAAGGAGGGACUUUUGUCACCAAAGUCUUUCGUUCCAAGGACUACCAGCCCCUCAUGUGGAUCUUCCAGCAGUUCUUCAAGAAGGUGCAGGCCACCAAGCCCCAGGCGUCCCGUAACGAGUCUGCCGAAAUCUUUGUCAUCUGUCAAGGUUUUCUGGCUCCUGACAAAAUUGAUAAUAAAUUCUUCGACCCCAAACAUGCCUUUAAAGAGGUGGAAACACAAGUGAAGACGGUCAAGGAGUUGGUCACAGUGAAGAAGCCUAAAGCAGAAGGCUAUAAUGAAGGAGACCUGACGCUGCAUCACCCUUUCUCAGUCACUGAGUUUUUAAAGGCAGAGAACCCUGUUGACUUCUUGAGCAAAACCAGUGAGAUCACCUUUGACAACCCAGAGCUGGAGUCCCACACAGCCACAUCUUCUGAGAUUAAAGAGUGCUGCAAAGACAUCAAGGUUCUAGGACGAAAGGAGCUGCGACUCUUGCUGUCAUGGAGGUCCAAACUGAGGAGGUUUUUGGCCAAAAAGCUGAAAGAAGAGGCCAAACAGCUGGACCAAGAAAUCAGCCUGAGCUCAGGCGAAGACGAAAGUGAUACAGAGAAGGACCGCAAGAAGAAGAAAGUACAAAAGAAACAAGAGAAGCAGACAGACGAGGAGGAUGAAGAAGAAGAAGAAGAAGAAGAAGAGGAAGAGAUGGAGCAGAAGUUGGCCGAGCUAAAAGCAGAGGAGAUCGCAGAGCUGAAACGUAAAAAGAAGAAGCUCCUGAAAGAGCGGCGGAAGCAGAGAGAGCGAACGGAGCUCAAGAUGGACCUUCCUGGAGUCUCCAUUGCUGACGCUGGCGACUCCAACAUGUUUUCCCUCAGCACCAUCAAAAAAGCCAAGGGUCUGAGUGAGUUAGCUUUGGGGGACAUGAAGGGAGCAGAUGCAUGGGUGGACGAGAAAGGAGAGGAUGACGUCCACGUCUCGGACUCGGAGAGUGACCUCGUCUCGCUAGCCUCAGACCUGGAUGAGGAGGAUCUGGUGGAAAUUGAGGAGAAUGAGAAGAAGCUUCCCAAGAAAAAGGUUUCCUUCACUGUGGAGGAGGAAGGUGAUGCGGAGGGGGGUGGGAACGAGCUGCUGGUAGAUCUGGAGAGUAAAGAUGAAAAGAGAGAGCGAGAGACCAGCAUGUGGUUUAGUAAGGACAUUUUCGCUGAACUGGGUCUGGAUGGAGAUGUAGAUGCCAUGAAGGAGCUCAAACAGACCCAGCUGCUCCACAGCAAGCGGGCUGCAGGUAAAGGCCAGAAGAGGAAGGCAGAAGAGGAGGCUAAGGCUGCUGAGGACGAGGUGCCAGCCGCCCCUUCACAGGAAACAGAGGAGAAAGCAGGAGAUGAAGAGGACAGCGAUGACGACUCUGACGAGGACAGCAGUGACGAUGAGAGAGAGAUUGCGAGGAUGAAGAGCGUCUCAGGAUCUGGUGAAUUACCUGGUGAUGAUGACGACGACCAUUUGCAAGUGGUUCCUGUAGAGAGCAUAAGUAAACGGGCUCGUAUCAUGGAUGCUGAGGGCAUGGCUCUCGGAGCUCAGAUCGCCACAUCCAAAAAGAGAUGCAGGGACCUGAUAGACAACUCCUUCCACAGGUUUGCCAAAUCUGAGGACAUGACUGAGCUACCAGCUUGGUUUGUGGAUGACGAGAACAAGCACAGGAAGAAGCCCGUCCCCGUCACCCGGGAGAUGGUGGAGGAAUACAAAGAGAAAUGGAAGCAGAUCAACGACCGUCCCAUCAAGAGACUGGCAGAGGCCAAAGCUCGCAAGAAGAGGAGGAUGCUGAAGAAGAUGGAGCAGGCCAAGAAGAAGGCCGAAGCUGUGGUCAACACAGUGGACAUCUCUGAAAGAGAAAAGAUGGCGCAGCUCAAAAGCAUCUACAAGAAGGCCGGUGUGGGUAAAGAGAAAAGGGACGUCACAUACGUGGUGGCCAAGAAGGGCGCUGGCCGCAAAAUCCGCCGCCCUGCGGGGGUGAAGGGUGCCUUCCGCGUGGUGGACAGACGGAUGAAGAAGGACUUAAAAGGCAAACAGAGAAAGGAGCAGAGAGGCAAGGACAGAGGGGAUAGAGGGGGUAGGAAAGGAGGGAAGGGCGGGAAGGGUGGCAAGGGGGUAAAGACGGGCAAGGGGGUAAAGACGGGUAAGGGGGUAAAGACGGGUAAGGGACGCCCAUACAGAAAGUGAGAACAUUUCUCCUUUUCCUUUAAGCCAUCACACUCAGCUUGGACUGCUGUUAAGGAGCUGAGCUGUGUUAAAUGCCAGCCUACACAGACUACUGCAACACCCACUGCUACUCAGUGGGUGCCGUUACUUCACCUUGGCCUGUUUUUAAGGCCUUUCGCAUCUGGACUGGUCUUCAGCACGGACUACAGUCCACAAGUCUGUGGUGAUGGUGGGAGCCUUUAACGCUGAUCUGAGAUCAGUUUUGACAUUUCUCUUAUAAUUAUGAAGAGGUUUCACAAUCCUGGUUCUGAAGUACCACAGCUCUGCAUAUUUAACAUUUUUUUUUUACUGCCUCCGAUGACUCAAGUCAUCAGCAGAUUAACAGGUAUAUUACAGGUUGGUUCUCUUGACAGAGAUUAAGCCUAGUCCCAGGAUACAUGUUCCUUUCAAUGGAGAAUUUCCAUUAGGAAGUUCCAGGAGUUGGAGUAAUCCCUGUCCGGCCCUGCGUGUGUGCAAUGCAGGGAUUCCCAGGACCUGUAUUGGAAAAUACAAUACUAUAAAUCUGGGAAACUGGUGCAUCUGUUUAAAACCAUUGCUUCUGUGGGUUUUAUUGAGUACGUACCUGUGUCUUUUUGAUUUUGCUUUUCUAAGCCUGUUUAAUCAUAGUUGUGUUCUGUACAGGAGUGAAAAGAUGUGCCCUGUACUUUGGUUUUCCUUAUGGAUGGAAGAAAUUCAGACUUUGAUAAAAUAUCCUGAUCGAUUGGGUUUCGAUUCUUGUGUAAUAUGUUCAGAAAUGUGUUUUGGAUUGUUGAGACAGUUGAACUGUGAGUUUCCACAGUUUUGUGUUAACAUUUUCAGUUUAAUAAAAAAAGUGAUAUUCAUGUAAUUUCA